AUGACCCUCAUGGCCGAGACUGCGACCCAGCCAGACCAGUCCACUCCCAUUGAUGAGCUCACGCCAGAGGAGGCCAGCCGCAUCAUCCAGUCUCGUCGAAAAGUCCGCUAUGGGACCGCAUGCUGGCCGUGUCGGCGGCGGAAAGUAAAGUGUAACAACAAGCAGCCGUGUGAGAACUGCGUCAAAAGGGAACACGCUCAGCUAUGCUCCUACAGACCCGAUCGCUGCUUGGCGACCAAAAAUGCCUCUUCCGUCGACGCUGGUCAGUCUCGAAAGCGGACGCGCUCAUCACCCGAUGCACCCGAGGAGCUGGCCCGAGAAUCCGAGCACGGCGAUGGUUGGCCGAGGACGAUGGAACUACCAACCAGCGUUGACGACUCCGAAUCCGUCGAAUCGGUCGGGGAUCGUUACUUGGGCCAGAAUAGCAUCCCGGCAUUGCUCCGAGAGCAGUCAUCUCCAAACGAGGAGAAUGACAGCGUCGAUAUUCGGCGCGACUUGCGGUCCAUACUGGGUUUGGACACCUCGGCACCUUUCCCUCUCAUGUCGUCGCACCAUUUACAACGACUAGCUCACGAUAUCUCGGCCGAGCUGCCAUCUGACAGAGAGGUGUUGAAUCUGUUUCGCACAUAUAAGCAGAUUCCUCAGCCGUUUUGGGGAUUCGUAUGCGACAUUGACGAAUUCGAAUCCAGGCUCAUGGUCUAUCUCGAGGAUCGAUCUCGCAACGCCUCUAGCUCCAUGAGAUCCACCAGACCAGUUGCCGCGUCUUGGCUCGCGAUUCUCUUUGCAGUGCUGGCGGUGGGUUCUCAAUACCAUGAGUCUCCCUACCACAUUCGCACACGAGAUUCUCAGAAAUAUAUUCAAAUCUCCUUUCACUUCUUACGGCUUGGGAAUUUCCUGUCAAGACCCUCCUUCGACUCGAUCCAAGCGCUGCUGCUCACCAGUUUCGUCCUUUUGAACGACAUGAAAGCAGAGGCCUCGUGGGCGCUGACAGGACUGACAUGCCGACUGGCACAGUCGCUGGGUUUGCAUCGACCGGCUGUCAGACUCGAGGGCCGGGACGGUGUUCCGGCGGAUGCCAAGGCGAAAGAAAUGACUCGAAGGAAGUUGUGGUGGACAUGCGUAUGGCAUGAUACCCUAACUUCACUAUCGUUUGAUCGUUGCCCAAUGACAGGUUUCCCUAGCUGCGACAUUCCCGUCAGCUCCGAGGCACCAUCUGGCAAGUACACAUACCUCGAAAUGAUGUAUCAUCUCAUCGAGGUCAUCUCCCGCCGUCUCAAUCCCGAUGCCAUGGCCACAUCCUCCUAUCAACAAACAGUGGACAACUGCGAGGCUGUGGAAAGCCUCAGGCGACGUUCCCUUCCUCACAUGCAGAACAAGGACCAAUGCAGAACGGCGCUGCAUCGUCUACAGUAUUACGCCAUCCGACUUCAUACGUCGUUUGUGAUUUCGGUUGCCUGCCGCCCGGCGCUCAGACGAACAUGCGACUUUGAUCCCGAGAAGAAAAGGGAGCUGGCGGGAAGAUGCAAGGACAACCUGACCGAGACGGUCCGCAUGUUCUUGGCCAUGCACCAGUUGUCCGUGAUUCCGACCCGAAGCUGGGCCUUUACUUACCACGGUCUCUCGUCGGCCCUCCUUCUGGGCAUCCUGUGCGAAACCAAGACCGACCCGGAAAUCCGCCGACUCCAAGGAGACCUGAUUGCCGCCUUAUCUGCUACGGCUGCAAAGGACGCCAGCUCCCCCGGGCCGCACAUUGCAGUGAGCGCCAGGGACAUUGAGCUUUCCGGGCCCCUUUGGCGCGCGCUUACCGCCCUGAAAAAUAUCUACGAGCACGGCACCGUGACAGGCACGUCUGCCAAAAGUGACGGUUAUAACGGCGCGGUCUCUGGGAGCGCUACUCGAGCCCCUCUACUGCCUCCGUUCAUGCUGGGCCACGCGAGCGCAUCGGGCCCGAAUCAGCAGCAGCACGGCGCCACCGAUCCUCAUAAAGAUGCAGCCCUGGCUAUGGCCGAGAUGCAAAACGGUGUGUCGUUGGAGUUUCCGGGGCCUGCAUACGGGCAGAGCCUACCAGUUCUUGGUCUCGACGGUCUGCCACUUACAGUCGAUCAAACGCAGUUAAUGGCGCCCAUGGACUUAUACAAUUCCAUCUGGGGUGAAUCUCUCGAUCCCUGGAAUGCCAACGUAGACGCACUAAAUUACGACUUUAUUGCCCAGCCGCCACCCGGACAACCUCAGCAGCAGUUCUACUUUUAG